GCUCGCACGCUCCUGUGACUGAAUGAAAAGUGUAACUGUACAGCCCACCUGUACAAAGUAUUCUCUACCUUUACACUGCAGUGGGAAAUAUAUUUCCUCUGUCAGUCUUUGCCAGCGUGCUUCAGGUGUACCAUGAGCUAUUUUGAGCACAAACGUUUCUCUCUACCCUGGAGGUACCAUGAGUAAGCGUUGUGUUUAUUCUGAGCGAAGUAUUUCUGACAGAAAUUUGAAGCUUUACAGGAAAGAGUGUUUUAUUUAAUCAAAAAACCUGUUGUAGUAAUCAGACAGAUUUGCUACCUACCUGGUGUCCAUCCUCCCGGGCGACUGCUGUUGGAAUUUAUUUCUUCUCUUUCUCCCUCGUCAGUCAGGAGAGUCACAGGAGGAAUAAUGGCUGCUGACUAGAGAUACAAGAGAGGGAGAAGAGAAGAGCUUAGAGGAAGAAGAGGAGGAAGCAGUGAACAGGAAGUGAACAAUGGUCAAGCCGGACGGUAGUCCAGAUGAAGACUCAAGCCCAGGUUCUUCCCAGGUGGCGCCAGCGGCUAAAGGCUACGCCCAUUUGUUAAAGAUCAUUCUGCUGGGCGAUUCCGGCACUGGCAAGACUGCGCUCUUGAGACGCCAUGUGGAGGACGUGUUCGAAGAAAAUCACCUCCCAACCAUCGGCGUGGACUUCGCUGUCAAGUCUAUGGCGAUGCCCAACGAAGACAUGGUAAAACUUCAGGUCUGGGAUACGGCCGGGCAAGAAAGAUAUCGCAACAUGACUACCUCAUAUUACAGAGGAGCGCAAGCAGUCUUGAUUGUGUAUGACGUCACGAACCAAGAGUCGCGCGAGAACGUGAAGAAAUGGAUACAAGAAGUAAGAAGAUAUGGUUCCGAUGUCGUCAUCAUGGCGGUAGUGGGCACCAAAGUAGACCUCAAAGAGACAGCACCGGAGUUUUACAGAGCAGAGGAUCUCAAGAUGGAGCUGGAAGCUGAUGGUGAACACAUUGAAGGCUUUUUCGAAGUCAGCUCUAAAACCGGGGAAGGCGUGGAGAGGGUCUUCCGUAGCGUGACGGACACGUUCGUGACCAGAAGACUGCAGGACCGAAACACACUUCGCGGAGCCAUGAAAAAAAUUGACAAGAAAAGCGACGUGAUCUCUCUUGGAAAUACUCCCGUUGAAAGAAAGAAAAAAUGCUGUUGACCGCAUUGAACAGUUCCUUCCCACUUGUCAGUCUCACAUGAUGCUUCUCGCAAACUUGACAAUUGUUCAAUUAUUAAACAUAAAUUAUAUUAAAAAAAAUACCCAGGUACACCAGACAGUUAACCCUUUAU